GACGAGUUGGCCGAUCCAUAUAUGAAGGGUAUAGGUAAGCUUACAAGCCUAAACAAUUUAGAUCAAGUGGAGAUAUCAAAAGUUUUUCACUGCAACGGCUUACUCUUAUGCUUGACCAAGGACAAGACUAGGCUCGUGGUAUGGAACCCGUAUUUGGGACAAACCAGGUCGAUCGAACCUAGAAACGCUUUCCACAGAUUAGACGUGUAUGCUCUAGAAAAAUUGGAAACCCAAAAAAUCUUGAGGUUUGUGGAUCAUUACGAACAUGCUGUUAAGCAUUCUAUUAUAGAACACGAAAUUUUUGAUUUGAAGUCUAACUCAUGGAGGGUUCUUGAUGCCACUCCUGACUGGGAGAUAGAUUCUUAUCAACGUGGCGUGUCUUUAAACGGAAAUACUUAUUUUUUUGCUAAAGAAAAAAUAGUGGUCAAAGAUUUCUUGAUCUGUUUUGAUUUUACAAGUGAGAGAUUUGAACCGCGUCUUCCUCUGCCGUUUUACUCUUACGAUGGAGAGACCGUGACUCUUUCUAGUGUUAGAGAAGACCAGCUUGCAGUGUUAUAUCAGCGGGAUACUUGUUUGAUGGAGAUAUGGGUUACGAAUAAGAUUGAGCCGGAUGUGGUGUCAUGGAGCAAGGUGUUCUUAGCAGUGGAUAUGAAACCACUCACUGGUUCUCAUCAUCCGUUUGCUUUUUACGCUGGGAGUUUCUUCAUUGACGAGGAGAAAAAAAUCGCUGUGGUAUUCGAUAAAGACAAAGAGGAGAUCAACGACAGAGCUUACCUGAUUGGAGAGAAUGGAUACUACAAAGAAGUGGAUCUUGGAUAUAUGAGCCCUAAUACUAUUUACCCUCUCGUGUGCUCCUAUUCUCCGAGUUUGGUGAGGAUCCAGCAAGGUGCACGAGGCAAAAGGAAAGAACAAGAUUAUUAGUACGUAUAUCAUUUGGUUUUUAUUAUGUCAUCUAUUUUAGGUUUUUUUAAACCAGAUAAAUUUGUUUCUAUUUGCUUAACAAAACAGUCUCUGUUGAUGAGUUUGAUUGUUGUCGAAUAAUUUCUCUUUCUUUUUCUAUUUUUUUGAGGUUGUUUUUAAAUUUUCUCCCAAA